GAGAGAGGGAGCAAGGGAGCGAGCGAGCAAGACACACAUGAUGGCAGCCACAAACUCAGAGGCGACCGUGGUACAGGCGGAGGGCUCGCAGGAUUCGGUAAAAAGUCAGGCGCAGCUGGCUCAGAAUGAAGAGCUCCUUCAUGCCUGUGCAGUGGGUGAUCUGGAUGACAUUGGCCAGUUGAUAAAGGCCGGUGCUGAAAGCUUUUAUCAGCGUGACAGUGAUGGCAAGAGCUGUUUGAUGGCUGCCGCAGAGAAUGGCCAUCUUGAUGCUGUUCAGCUCCUGUUGCAAGAGGGCGCGCCCUGGAAUGCCGUUGACCGCUCGGCACGCUGUGCUGGCGAAUAUGCCGUGAGCGAAGGAUACCAGGACAUUGUGGAUGCCCUCGUUGAUGCGGGUGUGCGGGCUGAGCUCUUGUUCUAUCGCAUGCACGUCAACUCACCCCCGCCAGCCCCAAAAUACUUGAACAAGCCCGUCCGCUAUCAGGGGGAUGAUCUCCUGGACGAGGAGGACCGCGGCGUCAUGAUGUUGUGGGAGAAGCCUCUUAUGGAUGUUCAUGCUCAGCUCAUGUGCCAAACCCACGGCGAUGUCCUAAACGUCGGCUUUGGUCUUGGUCUCAUUGACACGGCCAUUCAGAGUCAUUUGCCCCGGACCCAUACAAUCAUUGAAGCCCAUCCCGGGGUCUUGGCCAAGAUGCGCAAGGAUGGCUGGAUGGACAAGCCCAAUGUGCGCGUCGUGGAGGGCCGUUGGCAGGACGUCCUGGAACAGCUGGGUACAUUCGAUGCCAUCUUCUUUGACACCUUUGAUGAUGUCCUUUAUAUGCAAGAAUUUCACCAAGUGCUGCCGCGGUUGUUGCGGCCGGAUGGCCUUUACUCGUUUUUCAACGGCAUUUGCACCGAGAACGUCUUUUUUCAAGGCGUGGCUUGCCAGGUGGUCAAGCUGCAACUGGAGGAGCUCGGAUUUGAUACCGAAUUUCACACGAUUGAAGUCGACAGCGGUGACGAUGCCACGUGGAAGGAUGUUGCCUUUCGCUAUUUCUCCGGCAGCGCCUAUUAUCUACCCAUGAUUACCUGGCAUCAAGAUACCGCCGCAGAUCAGCCCACUGCAUCUGCAGAGCGCCAGUGA